UUGAACAACUGACUUGAUGCUGGAAGGUCUAUUUAUAACGUUACAAUGUACUGCACUUUACAUGAUUCAUUUCUAAGGAAUGUUGAUCGUAUAUUGUUAUCCAAGCUGUUGCCUACAUUGUUCCUUAUCGAACACACCUCCGUAUUAAACUCAAAUCUUGCCGCUAGAGGACUUGAUCAUGUGACCUAGCUUAUACAUGUAACAACAAAAACAUGGAGAGCAGAGGAUGCUGCAGUGUGUUCGGGACGUUGACUGCGUGAGGUCAGCAACUCUUUCGUAAGCAUAGCAUCCAUGGAAACCAUAGAUAACGGAUAAAAUGGAGUCCACUAACGAUACCUGUAAUGAUGCAGCAGAAAACAAAGAGAAACUGUCCGGUUCUCCAGAAAAAAUCCCAUACAAACUGUUUGGGAAGAAGAUUUUCAAGACAAGUAGCAGUUUGGUUGCCUCAACCCAGUUACUUCAGAACCCUGUGCCAACACAGGAUUGUGACAUCAUCCUGUGCUUUCCACAUGACACUGAGACAGCCACUCUGAUGUGGCUCCUAGACAGACUCCGGGCAAGGUCACCAGAGGUCAUAGUUCAUGUACGUCACCACAGCAACACUAAAGAGGCUGUGUUCCAUCUCACUGCUACAUAUGAAAGCUUGCUGCGUGGAGCGGAGGAUGUGGGAGUGUGUAAACUGCUCAAGGAGGACUAUGGAGGGGGAAUGAAGGAGUUCACCUUCGAGGACCAAGACUGCUUUGCUGGUGUGGAGAACAAGGAGGAAUUCUUUACGACUCAGGAACGCCAAAGUAUCAUACACUACAUGCUCAACAACCUCAGGGCUGUCAAGGGGGAACAACUCUGCAAGGUGAAGUUCCUGGAGGGACAACCAAUAGUUCCCCUGUUACAGUCCAAAGGUAUUGUGUCACAGGUGUUCCCCCUCCAUAACCAGGACACACGACUAGGGAUGAGGAAAUGCUGGGUACAGGGGUUCUUCAAGAAACAACCACUGGAUAAGAUCCGCGACUACUUUGGAGUGAAGAUCGCUAUGUACUUUGCCUACCUUGGUCAUUACACACUUGCUCUAUGUAUCCCAGCAUUCCUUGGGGCACUAAUUUGGUUUUUCCAAGGACAGGAUGAGACUGUUGAUGACCAGUGGUUUGUAGCGUUUGCCCUAUUCAAUGCUUUCUGGGCCACACUGUACCUGGAGCACUGGAAACGGCGAAGUUCUGAGCUGGCCUAUGAGUGGGGCACUCUGGACAAGAAGGAUGAGUUGUUAGAUGAUCCACGUCCACUCUUUUCGGGAAGUUUACGAGAAAGUCCUGUGACUGGGAGACAGGAACCCUACUAUGCGCCAUGGAAGCGUAAUCUGUUCCGUUACUUCAUCAGCUGGCCAAUCAUCUUCCUGUGUCUUUGCCUGGUGUUCGUGGUCAUGUUGCUGAUCUUCCAGCUCCAGGAAUGGAUCAACAACCUGGUAGCUAAGGGAGAUAUCCCAGGGUUCUGUACUUUCCUGCCCAAGGUCCUACUAGCUGUUUCCAUUGGUAUCCUUGACGAGGUCUACAAGAAAAUUGCCUACUGGCUCAACCACAUAGAAAAUUACAGAAUGACUGAGACCUAUGAAAAUCACCUGAUAAUAAAACUGGUCUUGUUCCAGUUUGUGAACUCCUUUCUAUCGCUAUUUUACAUAGCGUUUUACCUACAGGACAUGGACCGUCUACGAGACCAACUUGCAGCCAUUUUGAUAACACGUCAGGUGAUUGGGAACAUCAAGGAAGCUCUGUUGCCAUACCUUCUGUGGAAGAUCAAACUGUACAAGGUUGGGUAUGAAAUGACCUGUGAUGCUUCUACUACAAACAAAACAGAGGUCUCUGAUCUCACUGAGUCUAUAGGAGGUAAGGACGAGGUCAGAGAAAGAAAGAAGGUCCAAGAUAAAAAUGAGUUGAACAAUGCUGGAAAAAGUGAGGCAGCUGGACGACAGAGGAAGCCGUCACUAACGCAGGCAGAGGUGGAGAGCACCAUGAAUAAGUAUGAGGACACAUUUGAGGACUUCCUGGAGAUGUUUAUACAGUUUGGGUAUGUAACCCUGUUCUCCUCCGCAUUCCCUCUGGCUGCCCUCUGUGCCCUUAUGAACAACAUCGUGGAGAUCAGAAGUGAUGCCUUCAAGCUGUGCAUGAACCAUCAGAGACCAUUCGGCCAGCAGGUGCAGAACAUAGGAACAUGGCAGGAUGCCCUUGAACUGAUGGGGGUCAUCGCUGUCAUUGUAAACUGUGCUCUCAUUGGUAUCUCAGGUCAGGUGACCAGGAUGGUACCCAACUCCAGUAUCGUGUCGACCAUCAUCAUCAUCGUGAUCUUAGAGCACAUCAUUCUUGUCCUCAAGUUCCUUAUAGCAUAUGCUAUUCCUGACAUACCAGAAGCCAUAGCAACCAAAAAAGCUAAACUUGAGUUUCUACGACGACAAGCAUUAAAAAAACUAGAGUCCCAACUCUCAACAUCAGUGUCAGCCAGUCCCACAGACAAGUUGUGUCGACAGAAAUCCCGGUCAGAGAGCAACGGCCAUACCAGACAGAUUGGACACCCUGAAGGAUUUAACCGGAAUUACUACCAAACAGUGACUGUCAGCCCAUCCUCCCCUUACCAGAAAAACCUUGGGGAGGUGCGCCUCUCCUCAGCCAACCAGGGACCAGCCAGCGAAACCUCACACACAGGGCAUUCCCCCCAUAUUGUCAGUACUUCCUUUACAAAUAUACCAGACCUAAAACUCAGUGCUGCCUCUCUACGGACAGGCCAAAACAUCUGUACAAUAAAGACACCUUUAGGUAAACCAACAUCCACAUUUGUGUCCAAAGUUACAAUCGCACCGAAGCGCAGUGCAUCCAACACACCAGAGGUGUCAACAGUGUCUUCAGUGGAGGGCAGUAGACAGGGUCCGGCCCGGGACCUACUGCCCUCUUACAUACCUCCCCAACCCUACAGGAGCAUCUCAGCAGGUCUGUCCCACAGAGCUAAUAGUCCAGACGGAGGAGACACUACACCAAAAGGAUGUACUCCUCCAAGACCAAUGUCUCCAAAAAACUGUCCCGAUUCAAAGAUCCCUGUGAGGAUUUCCGAUUACGGGAGUUCUGGGUAGGAGAGAAGGGCUUGUUACUAUUUAUUGUUGAUUAUUGUACAUAUAUUAUGUUGAUGGUCCUUAUAUAACACACUUACUAAUGUGCUUGUUGCUGUUAUAGACAGGGUAUCUACACUCGCUCACUGUACAGUGUUGUGUUGAUUAGUGUCAUCGGUGCUACCUACAAUCAGUUCAAUGUUCAAGCAAUUCAAUACUUAUUGAAACCUAUUUUAACCAGAGAAUUAGGUCAAACUUGUAAUUCAGGAUAUUCAUAAAAAUAGCUUUUGUAUACUUCUUUCAUGUUAGCAUUGAUAAUCAUUCAUGUCUGGCAAUAACCUUUCUAGACAGUGGUGAACCCUGGUGGCAACCAUUCUAGACAGCAGUGACCCCCUGGUGGCAACCAUUCUAGACAGUGGUGACCCCUGUGGCAACCAUUCUAGACAGUGGUGACCCCUAGCGGCAACCAUUAUAGACAGUGGUGACCCCUAGUGGCAACCAUUCUAGACAGUGGUGACCCCCUGGUGGCAACCAUUCUAGACAGUGGUGACCCCUGGUGGCAACCAUUCUAGACAGUGGUGACCCCUAGUGGCAACCCUUAUAGACAGUGGUGACCCCUGGUGGCAACCAUUCUAGACAGUGGUGACCCCCUGGUGGCAACCAUUCUAGACAGUGGUGACCCCUAGUGGCAACCAUUAUAGACAGUGGUGACCCCUAGUGGCGACCAUUAUAGACAGUGGUGACUCCUGGUGGCAACCAUUCUAGACAAUGGCGACCCCUGGUAGCUGCAAUUUCCAACAGACUUGACAAGGUUCUUGACAGUUAUUGUGCUAGAAGCAUUCUAAGGGUGAGACUAUCAUGAACUUUUAACAUUAAAAAGCUUUGUUAAUACAAAUUGCUGAAUUAUGUAACACAUGUAUUAACUGAUCCCUUUCCUGUCAUCAAUUUAGUUGCAAGAAAUCCUGAAUUACAAGUUAAAUAUUGUCUGGCCUGUCUCUCAAUUUUAGUUUCGAUAGUGAGAGACUUUUAGGCGUCAUAUUUCGAAAAUCUUUGUUGUUAUGGUUCCAAAUAGUUCUGUCUGUUAUACCCUGCAGCUGUUAGAAGGGCUAUGGCGGAAUCCCAUCAUCAACAAGACAGGACUGGCUUUCUCUGUUCAUGGUGUUGUAUGUUGAGUUGUACUAAGUUGAUUUACAUGCUGUGGUAAAGUCUAUAUAAUUUGUUGUUGGAUUUCUUUAUCAUUUUUGUUUUAGUUACAGUAGGUAUGAUACAAGGUAUGUGAGAUUCAAAGCUUUAACCUAUUUAAGCAUUACAGGGUAUGUGAGCUUUGUUUUUUUCUUUAUAUUGUUAGUUAGAAUGUACCGGUAUAUGAGAUGUUAGUUAGAAUGUAUCGGUAUGUGAGAUGUUAGUUAGAAUGUAUCGGUAUAUGAGAUGUCAGUUAGAAUGUACAGGUAUGUGAGAUGUCAGUUAGAAUGUACCGGUAUGUGAGAUGUUAGUCAGAAUGUACCGGUAUAUGAGAUGUUAGUUAGAAUGUAUCGGUAUAUGAGAUGUCAGUUAGAAUGUACAGGUAUGUGAGAUGUCAGUUAGAAUGUACAGGUAUGUGAGAUGUUAGUCAGAAUGUACAGGUAUGUGAGAUGUUAGUCAGAAUGUACCGGUAUCUGAGAUUCAAAGCUUUAACCUAUUUAAGUAUUACAGGGUAUGUGAUGCACUGUAUUUGUAAUUUUAUUUACAUGGUAACCAUAAUUUGAGUUCAAAUUUAUCUGGUAUUGUGAGAUUUAAUUUUAAUUACUGUGAUCAGUGGAAAGUGACAGCUAGGUAUCAGUAGGUUGGUCCUAAGUGAUUGGGAUAGUGAGCGCGAGGUGAGAGCUGUUUAAGUGAGAACUGAUAGUUUUUGUUUCCCUCUCUGCUGGUGCUGUCUGUAGUUAUUUGUUUCCCUCUCUGCUGGUGCUGUCUGUAGUUAUACUCCAACUUGUGUGCAAUACAAUAUUACACAGAUCUAUAACCCCGUUAUUGUGUACAUUAGCUUUGUGGUAGAUGGUCCAGUAUAGUCAUUGUUUUGUAUUAGAUCUGUGAUUACACAUUAGCUGUGUGGUAUAUGGUCCAGUAUAGUCAUUGUUUUGUAUUAGAUCUGUUCAGUAUUUUGUUGAUCCAGAGCAUCUACAGGGUAAAUGUGAAAUCAUUUUAUUUGCGAGUGUUAAAGUAUUUUGAUGAUUGUAGAGUAUGGAGUAUUUGUGAAAGUCCUUGGCCAUUCCCCCUUGUGUUACUGGUAAUCCUCCAUAUCAGAAAGAUAAUCCGCUAAAUUUUGUCCUGUUAUUUUGUCGGAAUGAGAGAUAUGUAUUUUAUGACCUUUGUAAGGUCACAUAGUUUGGUUCAUCAGCGAACCGUAUUGACCAAUUAUCUCCCUUCCCUUACAGAAGAGUAUAACCGUAGAGAUUGCGCUUGUAAAUGUAUUUUGUACUUUUUUUCUUUUAAAUUGAUGACUGAUUACAAGUACAGUAGAUUCUUCUUAGUGUUGAUCUUUUGUAGUCAAAAGGAAAUACAGAUUAUCAAAAAUAGGAUAUGGAAAAUGAAAUUAUGCAGAUGAAAUAAUCAGGGAUUGCUUCUGUACAGGUUUUAUAAAUGAGGGCCCGUUUCUGAGUGAAGGCCCAGUGAUCAGCUUAAUCCAAAAAAAAACAGUUAUUCUUGUCAUCAUUUUCAAUCCCUUUAUUCUCAAUUUUAAUCUUUUGGAAUACCCUGGUAUAUUUUAGAUGAAUUAUCAUUAAAGUAAUUAGUGUUUGCAGAACUGGGCCCCGGGGGGAGGAGUUUUAAUGAUUUUCAGCAAGUAGAUAAAGAAAGUUACUCUCAACAUUAUUUGCCUAUUUUGAUUUUGUUUUGUUUUGUUAAAGCUAGAAGAUUGCAGCAUUGUUGGAUGUUGAUGAAUUUUGCACAUGUUUUUAUUAUUCUUGUUAUUUUAAUCUAGUUACUAAUGGUCAUGCUCCAGAGUACACAGCAUAUCAACUUUUCCUGGACAAACGUAGAUAUUGAAGCUAGUCUUAAUUUGCUAUAGCCGAGGUUCAUUGCCUUGGACAAUCAUAGAUAUUGAAGCUAGUCUUUUCUAUAGCCGAGGUUCAUUGCCUUGGACAAUCAUAGAUAUUGAAGCUAGUCUUUGCUAUAGUCUGACUUCGUUCCCUUGGACAAUCGUGAACAUUGAAGCUUCAGAUAAGGCCCUGUUGAUCUAGAGUAAGAGACAUUGGGGCUGGUUCUAGUGCUCUACUGUUGAUCUAGACUAAGAGACAUUAUAAGGGCUGGUUUUGGGGUGCUAACUGGUUCUAGUCCAGCUCCAAUGCUCAGUACUGGGGAUCCUCCGGGCAAUCUGUGUCAUAUUAUGUAUAAACUUUACACCAAUAUAUUGGUUUAUUUUUCAAAACAUUAUGAGGUGUCUGGUUAUUUUAUUUUCAUGACAAUUUUUGUCAGCCUUUUUCCAAAUAAAUCUUAACAAA